AUGAAAAAGAUCCUUCAAUUCUCUUUUACCGUUCUUACUAUCUUCAUCGAACUUAUGUCAGGAGUGAUGGUGAAUGCGAUGCUAAAAAGAAGGAAUCGAUGUAUCGAAUUUCCAAUUAACACAAAAAUGGGGCUAUGUGUUAUUCAAGAUUGUGAGUUUGUGUGUAAGAAGAGGAGUAAAGGGUUAGAGGGUAUAUGCUCGAAGUAUAAUGCCCAAGGAAAAGACCCUAAACAAUGCAACUGUUGUGGAUUAUGGCCUCCUCUUUCAUAAUGUGGUUACUAAA